UAUAUCCGGUUAAUCCAGGAAGUGUACCUUUUUGUUGUUUUUCUUGGUUGACAGAAACACUUCGACGUUCCCCGUCAGACUUCUCCACUCUCCUUCCAAAAUGGGAUGUGAUGGUGGUACUAUUCCCAAAAGACACGAGUUGGUGAAAGGUCCCAAGAAAGUCGAGAAGGUUGACAAAAAUGCAGAAUUGGCCGCCAAAUGGAAGUACUGUGCCCUAAGUCAGGAGAAACUCAGACGUCCAAUCGUUGCCUGCGAACUGGGAAGACUUUAUAACAAAGAUGCUGUCAUCGAGUAUCUUCUGGAUAAAUCCGCUGAGAGACCCAACACCGAUGCUGUAACGCACAUCCGCGGUACCAAGGACAUAAAAGAGCUCAACUUGACCGAUAAUCCCGAGUGGGGAGGAGAGAGAAGGAACACCAAAGGAGACGUAUACGAGGACGUCCAUUGUGGAAUGUUUAUUUGCCCCGUUGUUGGGCUAGAGAUGAACGGCAAACACAGGUUCUGUUACCUGCAAACGUGCGGUUGCGUCUUCUCUGACCGCGCCCUCAAGGAAGUCAAGACGGAAAUCUGCCACAAGUGUGGAGACCCCUUCCAGAACACGGACCUCGUCGUGCUCAACGGAACAAAGGAGGAGGUGGAAAAACUGAGGGAGAAAAUGGAGGCGAGGCGAGCCAUGGCCAAAGCUAAGAAAUCAAAGAAGAGCAAAGCUGCUGCAAGUGCGUCCACCACAUCACAGGCAAAAGAUGACGGGAAAGCGGAGGAAGCGCCAAAGUGCUCACUGGAAAAUGGAGGCACAAGCAGCCAAUCAGUGAAGGCAGGAAGCUCGGGAGCCUCGCACCCGUCCUGCGCCCUCAACGGCGACGGGCCUUUGCCAACCGCCUCCAAGCGAUCCAUCCAAGCGAUGGAGGAGAAGUCGGAGACUUUCAAGUCCAUCUUCACCACCCACAGCUCUGCCAAGCGCACCAAAGAUCAAACCUCCAACUGGGUCACCCACACGCCGUACCACUUUUAGCUCCGGGCGUCCGGACGCGCGUCUACUCAUUCCCGGCGCCCACACCUUUUCUUGAUCCGGACAGUUUUUUUAAUGGCUUCCCAGGCUGCUCACACGCUCUUGUUUAAUUUGCAUCGUCCCCCACGCAUCCCCUCCUCCCCCUCUCACCCAGGUGUGUUAAGAAUUAGUGUUUUUUUUUUUUUUCUUCUUCUUGGUAACAGCGUUACCCUUUUUCUGCCCAAGGUUUACUCUUGUGAACACAUACACGAUAUAAUACUUUCAGCUUAUCUCUUUCUUCUAAACUGCUUUUUUCCCAAUCAUAAAAAGCUUUUUUAAAUCACAUCAUAUACAGCA